AUGGAGGAGAUAGUUUUGACGCUGGUGACGCGUCGGGGGGUCGUGCGGCCCACGAUCUGCUCGGACGUCGAAGUCGCCACGAUGGUCGGCCGGCAUGGCGGUCCGUCGGCCAACGCUGGAUGGAUGGGCGAGGUUGCAGGGCUAGCCAUUGCCGAAACCACUGUUCAAUAUGAGUACCCCCUCGGCGCGUACAUUGUGACUGGAGCGACCACACCAAGUGAGACAGCGAGUGGCACUGGAAUACUGUAUACAGAUGGCACCGUGGACAAAGCCGACUUUACCGACUGCAAGAAAGUGGAGUCGUUAACAUGGGACACUGCUGGCCACUAUGUCGCCAACCUCAUCGCCGUCCAAGUGCUGCUGAGUUUACUGGCCAUGGCCUUGACCAGAAGCGACUUUUACGUGACGAUUCCUCCUCCACCAAAAACAAAAGUCAUGACAUAUAUAUGUACGAUUUGCUGGCCGGAUUGGAGCGUCUCAAGCUGCUGCUCGUGGUGGUCGCUCUUGUACGCGGACGUGGCGCGCAUCUACCGCGGCACCGCCAACUGCGAUCUCAUCUGGUUGUCCCUGUCUACGAUUCUAGUACGCAUCUUCUUUGUCGUCGUGAAUGUGACCACUGACCGGUAUAAGAUCGCCCAGACCAGCAAGACGGCGUACUUCUCCAAAGACACGAUGACCCUGAGCACCGUCUGCCACCUCGUGCCCACCCUCGCCAAGCUCCUUACCAUCAUCCCCGAACAGCUCAGUCCUCAGAUCUACGGCAUGAUCGACAAGAAUUCCUUCACCAGCCAACACACAAGCGACGACUAG